GCGGCGCCGGCGGGGGGGGCGAUGAGCGUCCUGCUCCCCAACAUGGUGGACUUCGACACCAUCUACGAGCUGGAGGAGGAGGAGGAGGAGGAGGACGCGGCGGCGGCGGCGGCGGCGGACGAAGAGGAGCGGCCGGAGGCCUCCCGGACUGUGGUGAGGAGUCAGGAGCUGCCGCGGCCCCGGGACGCGCCCGAACCCGUGGCUGUGAGGGGCGCCGGGCAGAUCACCGUGUUUGGCUUGAGCAACAGGUUUGACACAGAAUUUCCUUCUGUUCUGACAGGGAAGGUUGCCCCUGAAGAGUUCAAGACCAGUAUCAGUCAUGUGAAUGCGUGUUUAAGGAAGAAUCUGCCCGUCAAUGUAAAAUGGCUUCUCUGCGGCUGUUUAUGCUGCUGCUGCACCCUGGGAUGCAGCCUCUGGCCUGCCGUCUGCCUGAACAAAAGAACUAGAAGAUCUAUUCAGAAGUUGUUAGAAUGGGAAAAUAACAGAUUAUAUCACAAGCUUGGCUUGCAUUGGAAGCUGAGUAAACGGAAAUGCGAAACUAGCAAUAUGAUGGAAUAUGUAAUACUAAUAGAAUUCUUACCCAAAUACCCUAUAUUUCGACCAGACUGAGGAGCAGUAUUACAUUUCAUGUUACCUGUCACGUCCUACCUGUAGUGCCUUGUCAGGGAUAUUGAAGAGAAGAUGAUCUACUUGGCUGUGAUUUUGUUUUUUUAAGAAGUGUUUCUCGGUAGAGUCUCUUCAUUGCUGUGUUACUUUUCUUUUAAGAAGAAAACUAUUUGCACUUUCUAAAAAAGUCUCGAUGCUAAGGCUUGUCUGUGCACUCCCGAGGCAUAACAUACUUAACGAAUGUUGUCACUAUGGAGAUAAUCUUAUAUCAGUGCUGCUUGAAGUCUUGUUCUGACAUGCUGCCUUACUCAUUUCCAAAACUCAGUUUUCCAAACCUGUUCCCUGGUUCUAUACAACCAGUGUCCUCCAGGUCUGGAGGCUGGAGGCCAGGCACAUCUCAAGGGCACCAAGAUGGGCGGAAAAACCGCAUCUUCAGGCACUUUUGAAUUCUUGACAGGAACGAUCAAGGUUAGCAUACCGUGAUUAAUACACGAUGUAUCUGCAUUGAUGAUCCGCUUUGCCCACGAUUAACAACGAACAGCAACGCUGUUGUCUUUCAUUUGCAAAGUUGCUCGUUUUCCUUUCUCUUUGCUGGGGUGGGGCGGGGGAAGGGGUGGGUUUGUAAAUAUUACCUCAUUGUAUAAUAUAAAGUGCAGUAUUAUGCCAAGGUUUACGAAUUGUGAUAGAAUGCCAAUGGUUUUGCAUAGAUUUGUUAUGACUGAAGUUGUGCGUCUCCUUCUGAUUGUAUUGGCCGUUCAUGUGCCGUGCGGUGAAGCCGUAAGGGCUUUGCAGAUGCUACUGAAAGUUGGACUCAGGUGCGGUUUGUUAAGCAAACAUAAAGAUGCACUGCAGUUCUUGCUCGAUGAAAUUGCUAGUAAAACACUUGAAGGUGUCAUUCCUUGAAUUUACAUGUAAUCCAAAGAUCCCCAGAGCCCAGAAGAGCCCCUGCUUAAGCACAGCAGGGCCCUGAAUGACUCUGCGUCAGAACUGGCAGAAAUUCAAAGGAAGAUGGUGAUCUGGCAUUGGGACCCCCACCUUUCGUGGAAAGCGGCAUUUAAGAAAUAUUUGGUUCCGUAGCAUGCAUUUUUAUGUUCGUCUGUUAUUUAGAUCAUUCCCAUGCCUCUGCUCUUAAUAUAGCAUUUCUCUCAGAUGUGUUAGGGCUGCAGUUCUUAGAAUUUUAACCAUCUGGACAGUGCUAGCUUGAAGAAAAAAACCCUUAACAGGUUUGGAUCCAGCCCUGCACUUUCACAGUGCAAAGUAUUACACCAAAAUCUACUUAAAGGUAUUUCUGAAAUGGCAGGGCAGUUACUAGAAUCAGCUCAAGGCCAGUAUUUUGAGAUCUUCCCAUUCUAAGGUUAUGUGCCAAUAUCUUCUCAUUUGGUGCCUUUCUUUGGCUUGGUUAUAAUCGAGGGAUUAGAUGCAAAUUAGUGUAGGAUAGUGUUCCGAAAAUCAGGAACCCCAGAAUUCAUCCAUCUGCUUGACCCAUGUUCUUGGUUUAGAUGCUCGACUUUUUUGGGUGCAUGUUUUUGGCAAUUAUGCAGCUAAAAUGUUGGGGAAUUGGGAAUAUUUGUGAUUUCAGUUGCUUGCAUUUGCAAACCCUGUAAAAUCCUUAAUAAGGAAAGCAGGUUGAGGCUGGCAGGCGGCACUGUCUUCUGUGCGUCAGAGCUCUAGUAUAAAUCAGCACUUUCCCGCUGUGGACAUCUUGGUGCAUGCAUCCUUGUAUCUUUGUGCAGCCAUUCAUCUUGCACGCACAGAGUUGCCCAUAAUUUUAGAUAAAUGGGGAAGCCUCUGCCGCUCCUGGGUGCUGUGUGCACGUAUCACAAAAUACCUGGGGAAGCAUUGCCUCAAAAACCUUAUGGUAGGUUAGGAAUCCUAAAGAGCAGGUUAUAAAUUCAACACAUUUGCCAGCUUGCAAACUGGAGCCUUGAAUUGCUAUUUACUUGUGCGAGCUCCAGAGGAAAUAGCAUUUCACAAACUGUCCAGUAUGAGAACUACAGAAUAAUUAAAGAAAAAUAAUCACCCUGUAGAACUUUUUGAGCUGCAGCUUGGAAUGUAAGGGUUGUCCACUCGUAAGAGGCCUGAAGAGCAACGAAAACCCUCAUAAGACAAUAUGCACAAUGAAAUUCAGCCUGGUCUUUCACAAAUAGUGUUGAAAAUCAUGUGUUGCUGAAAAAGCUACUCCAACAUAUGUUACUUCUUGCCUGAGGCAAGAGCAGCUUCAUUUGAGUGUUGCCCCACAAAUCAUCCAUUCCCUCACCCUAGCAAAGGAGACUUUGAUGGGUCUUCAGCACUUUCUGAAAUUCCCUCUGUGGUCUAAGCCAGGUUUGCUUGGAGAUUACAGCAGGAUUUUGUUUCAAUAUUCUUUCAAGCAUCGUGCCAAGAAACAUUAUGUCUUUCCUGAUCUUAACAGUGUCUGAAUUCAACAAUUCAUACCUCCUAAUCCAACUGUACGAAGAAUCUCAUUCUCCCCCAUGACCACCCACCUGACCAUAUUAGAUGGAAGUGGCUUUGGUAGACAUGAAUGGGGCUGACUUCCAGUUCAACUUUUUUUUCUUUGUGGAAUUAAUUAUGUAAUAAGAAAACUUGCCAUUUUUACACUCUGUAGAAUUCCAAUCCUUUUUCAUUAAGGGGGCCAUACUUGCAUCUUUUGCUCAGGAAUGCAAGUGCCAAAUAAGGUGUGUCUAAUGCAGAAAAUGUGGCCCAGUGUUGUUUUGUAAUAAAUGGUUAACAUGUAUUACGUUUUUCCUGUUUCCCAAACCGUAUGCUUUGGGCAAAUCUUCCCAGGUCUUCCCAGCAGUAACUGGGGGCUUGUUUACAGAGUGUAAGUUCCCCACCCCAGGAUUCAUCAGCAGUGAGGUUAUGGGAAUAUUGGUCCUUUCACUUUGCCCUAAGCUACAAGACCCAAUGAAAAGCUGCUGUUCAUUCCUGUGGCUCUUGAGAUGUCUAAUCAAGUGGUCUAGUAUGUGAAGUUCUGACAGUGUUGUGUGUUGAUCAUGAUGUAGGUUAUAUAAAUAUUUUAAAGCUUGUAAAAUGGAGCAGUUGUUGCCUUAAAGUAAAGGACAUCGGAGCCCAAUUCUUGAAGAGGCAAAUCCAUUUCAAGAGUGGUUAUGUCAUUCUGUCUUGAAAAAUGCAUUCAGAAUUUGGGGAGCUUGCAGAAAAUCUGGGGACACAGCUCCUUGGUUCCUCCCACGGCUUUGUGCUGGUUCAUAUUUCCUGUGAAAGUCAGAAGAAUAGUUCAGCUUUUGGUGAUGCCCCUCAAGCUGGCCAUUACUGUAUUAGAAAACUCUUUUAUUUUGUAGGCUUCUAGUGGGGGGAGAAAAGAAAGUGUCUGGAACUGUAUAUAGAGAGUUGAAUUCAUUUUGAGAUUGUAUUUCUUUGAGAGAAUUGAAAACCCCAACCAGUGGCCCUGAUUUACACCAACGAUUCUUACGAAAUUUAGAGUUGUUGUAAAACGGCAGUAGAAAUUCAGAGUGUUUGUCAUAUGCAUGAAUGUUCUUCACGAAAAAAAUAACGGGUUUUCUGCAGUAGUGAACUAAUUCACCAAGAAGUAGGUUACUACAUCAACGCUUUCCCCUAAUUUAUUCUGUCCUAUAUACAAAAAUGCUAAUGUAGGAGAAUGUUUAUGGGUGUGACAUUCCACAUGUUUUUGUGUGAUGAGUAGACUGGUAAUUAGUUUUGCCCAUCUUUCAGAAUUGGGAAACAAAGGCAAGUGAGAGUCGUCAUUCUUGCACGCUUCUGCGAAAGUCCAAGUGAAUGGGACAUCAGUGAUGCCAGUGUAUUAUGGUGUAAGCAUCCUGCAUUCUGUCUCAUUCUGAACCUCAGAAAAGUUUUCAAUAAAUGUAUCACUCUAACAGAUUUUCUUUUCCUGGUUAAAAACACACUUUGUAUGCUCAACUGUGAAUAUAGCAAUUUAGUAUCAUUAUGCUGAUUAAUUGCAUUAGCCUGAAAAUAUUAGCAUUGAGCAAUAAGAAUAAGAUCAUUGAUAUUCAGUGUAAAUAUUUAACGGUUUAGGAAGCAUUGCUGUAUAAUACAUUCAUAUUUUGCAAGUUUUGUGAAUUUUUGUUUAUGGCUAUAACCAUAUUUUGUAAUUCCAUGAAGCUUCCUUGUUAAUCUGUAUACAUUUUAAUUAUGUCUCCUUAUACUUUAUGAAUAGCCACUUUUUUUUAAUAGGACCUCAUGCCUUGAAGAUUUUUUUUAAAAUAAAUACCUAAAUAAGUGUUGCACCUAUAA